AGGAAAGGCAUGAUGCGUCAGUGUCAACUGUCAGUUGCGUCAACUCGUAGGCCGGGGAAACGUUUUAUCGGUCACGCUCCCGGCCAGAUUUGUGACGGCUCCCGAUUCUGCCCCCGAAGAUGACACGUUCGUUGGCUGGAUUACUCCUCGCUGCUCGGCUAACGACCUCCUCCCCGACGGAGGAGCUCCGAAAUUAGAACGGGGGAACAAUUAAAUAUAAUUCCUCGCGAAGCACACAUGUCGCCGACUAAAUAGAUAAUCUUCAGUGUGUCGUAAAUAAUUCCGCAUGUUAUUACACGUCUGCGAAAGCUAUACUUUUUAGGACAUAAGUUCACGAGUUCCCUCUUAAAAAUCCACGAAUUAUACAUUAGCUCGCAGUAUUUCUCGUUUAUAAUUUUAGUCGACUAUAGACAUAAUGUAUACAUGAAUAGCGUGUAACAGUGCAUGUAACGCGAUUACGCAUAUAUAUAACAAUAGUUGUUAAAUAAAUAAUCAACUUUUACUUGUACGAAAGAGGAAUUUCCUUAUUCGAUUUCGGCACCAUUUCAAUUCCUUUCAAUAUAUACUUAUUACGGGAAGUAGUCCUGUGCAAACACGUUUCUUUUCUUACAUUCGUUCAUCGCUUCCAGAUAUAAUCUUACGCAAUCUUUUACGCUUUUUUUAGCACGAUGAGACGAUAGAGUGUACAAUAAUAUAGACGAUUGCAUAUAGACAAGUCACCAAUGUCGGCCUCUUCAUUGCAAUUAUUUCAAAUAUAUAUUGUAAUUAGAUACACGUUUUUCAGGAAUCUUUACGUACACUGAUUAAUAUUUUUGAUCUUUUGCAUAGCAUUAUUGAUUUUCUCUGUCUUUCAACAAUCAGAAUAUAUGAAAGCAUUGUAAAAAUCUGUAUUGAAAUUAUUUUACUAAUUUAUAUUCUAAUUAAUACACAAUAAUUGCUAAUAAUUAAUAGAAUGCAUUUGCAGCAAGUUUCUUACGAUUUUUCACGUUUCACAUUUUAUGCAUCUUGUUUGUCUAAGAAUGUCACUUUCAUUGUUGCUCCGUUCGAUAAGAUUGACUGGCGCACAAGUUGCAGCAUCAAUUAACUUGAAUUACUUGAGAAUAAGUUUACACGAUUAUAGAGUAUUAACUGCCACAAAUGAAUUUAUUGAUAAUGAUGUCUUAAAGUUGAAGAGUUAAUUUGAUUUCCUCUUUGCUCUUUUCACUUCAUUGACGAUUACUGUAGAGCCUGAAAAUUUAGCUUUCACGCAUGCUUCCUUAGGUAAGAUUAUCGAGGGUAAUUAUUAUCUUAUAAAUGCAUUUUAUAUACGCAAAUAAUUUUUCUCUACUGUAAGAUGCCGCUAUGAAGAGUACAAAAUGUGUUUCUCUUUUAUUUAGGUUUCAAAAUAACUUAAAAUGUGUGUAAACGUCGAUCUACAGCCAAGGAAAAAAACGAAUAUUUUCUAUCGAUACGGAUAUGUUCUGUUAAUGCUCGCAUGCAUGGUAUUUGCGACCAUUCAACCGCACAUUGGUGGGACAAACGGCAUAAUCGAUGGUAACUUUAUCAUUCUCUAUUUCGCUGUGCCUUUGACGUAUUUAGAAGCUGGUUUAUUAUGCGAUCCCAAGUCCCUGUACUCGACGUUGAGGGAUGGCUAUCUUCUGACAUUUGUGAUGGUAUUCGUGUACAUUUUGAUGCCCUCUCUAGCACGAAUCGGGACGUAUCUGUUGACCUACGCGAAAGUUAAUGUUUGGCUACUCAAAGGAAUAGAGGUCCUUUACUGUAUGCCACCGCCAUUCAGUACGGGACUCACUCUGUGCCGUCUGGCACAGGCUGAUUUGCCUACGAGCGUAAUUACCACGCUGGUGUCGCACUUUGGAGGCUUAUUCUUAUCUCCUCUUUUACUGUAUCUAAUGCUAGGAACAUCUACUCCACCAUUAGUCGGGAUUAAUAUUAAAGAGACUGUAUGCAGCACGCUUAUUCCACUGGGAACGGGUAUCCUCUUGCGGAUGUUCGUACUGAAGGGCAGAUGCUGGAAUGUCAAUACGAAUUGGUUUUCCCAAGGUUUACUGCUGACAAUAGCGUACCACUGGUUCUGCGAUGCUGUUCUGGCAGAUGCUUCGUCGUUGCAAGCGGUGGACGUACUGUUCUGCGUACUUAUUGCGUGCCUAGGCCAACUCCUUCUCAGCAGUUUGUGCUGGCUCUUGUGCUCCCAGUGGCUACCGCGAAACAUUCUGCUGGCUGCGUUAUUCACCAGCACUCACAAGUCUGUUAGUCUCGGCGGUUGGAUCUUGCGCGGGGCGUACCACGGCUCAGCUCACGGCCCGGAAGUGAAUUUGCCGUUGACGAUAUUACCCGUCGCACAAUUGUUAUUGGGUAGCCUGUUAGCCAGCUGGCUGGCUCCGUUUAACUAACAUUCUGUCUUAUGCACCAUCUUCACAUUAAAUUUUAGAAGAUAUUUAAUUAGAUUGUUAAAAACGUUUAGAUAUAUAAAUAAAGCAUGGAAUAUCAAAAAAGAAAAUAAACUGAAUAAAUAUAUCGAUUGUCAAUACCUUUAUAAACCUUUUAAGGAACCUUUUUAUGUUAACUAAGUAAACUCGAUGCAGAGGAUCAUUUUUAUGUUUUAUUAAAUAGUUUUUUUCGUUCAUUAGUGAAAUUAUCUGGAAUGAUUACGUUUGGAACGAGCAAUUUUGAGUACGAAUAAUUAUUUUAUUUAUAAUCGUUAUAUAUAAUUCGAUACUUACCUUGAAACUGGAUGGAAUGGUUUGUGUGUAAGAAUUACGUAUUACUGCUUUAGUUUCUGGAUUGAAAGAAUUUAUGUAAAUAUGCGCGAGAAAUACUUCUGAUAUAUAUGUAUAUAUACAUAUAUCAGAAUCAUUGCAUUUUUCAGUAAUCUAAUCUAAACUGACAUCUUUUAAAAAGGAACAAUAGGGAUAAUACAUUGUACUGCUCAUUAUUACAAGAAUCGUUUUAAAUAGGUACAAUAGGUAAAAGUCAACAGCCAAUCGAGCGAGAUGUUACGAUUGAAUCAUACAAUAUAGAUACCUAUUUGUAUUGUAUAAAUUACAAAUAUAGUUUCCUCAUCUUCGAAUGAAAAAGUUCUGAAUAUAUCCUCGAAAUUACAAGCUCCUACUUAUCCUAAGUCCGUCUAGCGUGUUAACGAGCC